AUGGCUGUGUCACUGGAAGCACCCAAGACAGAGGUCACAGGCUUCUCCCAUGUCUUUCCAGGUGAAACAGCACUCCAGAGACAACAACCACAGCAGGGGAACUCCAGGAAGCAGAAAGAAGAAAGUCUGUUGGGGUUUAUUCUUGACAGAGUUAAAGGUGCCCCCCUGGGAGAUGGGGCUAUCCGGCUGACAGGCUAUUACCAGAAAACCGGACAGGUGAUUGGUACCAAGGAUUCAGGACUGAACUACUGCACUGAUCCUGUCAGAUCCAACAUCAAACAUGGCUACUUUCUGUUUGGAGAACAGGAGGUGACCUUCAAGGAUGUUGUGCUGCAGGAAGACAUGAUCCUUAUUGCUCGCUUUUAUCACUGGCCCAGUGGCAGAACAGCACUCACCCCCUGGGAUGUAGGAGUCAAGCCUCAGCAUCAGCCAGCACUACAGAGUGAGGAGCUGCUGGCUGCCUGGGCUGUGCUCCAGCUGGCCAAGUCAUCUGAAUCCUCUAAAGUGAUGCUUGCAGGUGCAAUGAAGAAAGGGGAGCCUGAAGUGUUCACUUGGAACACAGGGACCCACACGCUGACUCUGUACCAUGGCCCUGUGCCUCCUGUAACAACCUUCUCAGCUAUGGAAAAGCAACAAGCCUUCAAGAUGUAUGGUGAUGCCACUGUGAGGCUACACAUCUUUAACAAUCAGAAACCAGACCUACCUUUCCCACCAGAGUCACCAGCCAUACUUGACCCUGCAAGGACCUGGCCCAGUCCUUGA